UUGCAAUAAUAAUUAAAUCAAUAAUGAUAAUAAUCCCGCGACCGUCUGUUUGUUUAUAUCGUUUUCAUUAUUCGCAUUUUGACGUCUUCUCUUUGUAGUUGCGUAAAAAGUACUCGUUUUUGGAAUUUCUUUUUAUAGUGAAACAUAAACAAUGAACCUGUCGAAAAUCAGGUUGGUGACGUUCGACGUUACCGGGACGCUUCUAAAAUUACGAACUGCACCGGGGCAACAAUACGGGGAGAUUGGCGCGAUGUACGGUCUUGUUGCCGACGGGCAUAUUUUAAGCAGGAAUUUUAAGGAUCAGUGGCGCAGGAUGAACAAGGAACAUCCCAAUUUUGGACUGAACAGUGGCUUGGGAUGGGAAAAUUGGUGGAAAACGGUCGUAAAAGAAACAUUUAAAUCGUCCAAAUUCAAAAUAGAAGAGGACAAAGUGGAAAAGGUGGCAUCCCAUUUACUGGAAAUGUACAAAACAUCCGCGUGUUGGCAGCACUGCUACGGUGUACCUGGACUAUUGUCGUAUAUCAGAAGCAAAAACAUCCCCAUGGGGGUGAUUAGUAACUUCGACCCAAGACUGCACGCAAUUUUAGUCAACACUAAACUGAAACAUUAUUUUCAGUUUGUGCUUACUUCUUAUGAGACGGGAAUUGAGAAACCUGACCCACGAAUCUUCGAUUUAGCAUUAAAAAGUGUACCGGCGAAUAUAAAACCUGAAGAAUGUCUUCAUAUUGGCGACAAACCCCUGUUGGACUAUAAGGCCGCAAGGAAUUGUGGCUGGAACUCAUUUUUAUUGAGUGAAACGGAAAUUCCAAAACUUAAGCAAAAAUUGGAGGAUUUAGAUGAAAAUCAUUGCUUCGGUAGUGCGUAUCAACUACACGUAAAUUUGCUGAAGAAAUCCGGUGAUAAGUUGCCUACACCUGAACAAGAAUUGAAUUAGUUUUAUGUACGAUCCAUCUUAGUCCACUGUAAUAAUAGUCAUUUAAUUAUUAUUAAUAUUUAUUUUAUAUUUCAUAUAAAGCUUCGUCAUUUAAGAA